AGACUGAGUCGUCCAGUCUCAGUGCUGGAACGAGGCUGGUAGAAGUCGCUUACAGGCCUUGGUUAAUCCUGUCUUCUGUACACUUUGGGAGUUGAAACUCAUCUCAUUCAUCACAAUGCUGGGUACGGUCAGUCGGCAACUCAAGAGCCACCCUGCUCUGAUCCCACUACUUAUUUUCAUUGGUGGUGGAUGCGCCAUGUCCCUGACAUAUCUGGCUCGCCUGGCCAUCCGUAACCCAGAUGUCUGCUGGGAUAAGAAAAACAACCCAGAGCCCUGGAAUAAACUGGAGCCCACUUACCAGUACAAGUUCUACGCAGUAAACGUGGACUACAACAAACUGAAGAAGGACCGCCCUGACUUCUAAAUGCAUCUAGGGAAUCCAGACAUUGCGCUGGACCAAAGGCUUGAUUUAAAACAAAAACUAAAGAGCAACAAGUCCACACUUCCAUGGCCCUUCUUCCCAUGUUAAUUUAUGUAAUGAGACUAAAUCCUUGCUGGAUCCCUUCUGAACAUAUUUGAUCUAUGACGUCACUAGUAUUUUCUUUCCAAUGUUUGUUGUCGAACAAUUAAUAAAAAGGGAUUUUCUCCCACAUACAGAGAAAAAUGAGCUGAUGUGUCAUGAUCAUGUGGGUGUUUGAGUGUGUAUUUGUGUGCAACAGAUUUUAUUCAGUGCUGCAAAAGCAGACUUCCACUGGUUAAAGAAAGCUGGAUGUGGGCAUGUUUUUUCAAAACACAUUUCUUGGGUUUUCUGUUCACUGUUAUUUUGCAAAUGGUGCAUUACAUUAUAUUUAUUUAUUUUGCAAGUCAAUAUUUAAAAUCUACAUUCGUUUUUAAAUUAGGUUGUGUCAGAGUAAUUUGAGUGACUGAAUGGAAAACUAAAUUUUGCCUCAAGUUUAUCAUGACAUCUUACUGUGGAGCUGAACUAUUACUGUAUCUUGAUUUCAGUAAUAUAUUUUAUUCAUACAGUAUUCACUUAAUAAUGAAGGCUGUAUUGUUCACUCUACACUGUAAUUGAAUAUGAGUAAAUAGUCACAACUAAACAUUAUUAUAAUCAGUUCGUCAGCUUUUUAAAGGGGUCAUAUUUUCCCAUUUGUGGGCCACAUAAGGGUUUUUGUUUUGAUUUGGCCCAAGCACUGUAAACCACAGAACUAAUGGAUGUGGGCCAGAUUUGGCCCAAGCACUGUAAACAGACUAGAACUAACGGAUGUGGGCCAGAUAUGGCCCAGACUACACUGCAAGUAUAUAUAUGUAUUGAGGCCCGGAUUUGGCCCAGAGAACAGUCAAUGCAUGCAUGUCUGUGACCCAGAUGUGGGCCACAUAAGUACUUUGUUCUGGCCAAGUACAUGCCUGGGUUCUGGGCACAGGACUGGCCCAACCACUGAAAACCACAGAACUAAGAUUUGGUCCACAAACAACUUUAAUUAAAUGAUUGUGCAGUUUGAAGGGGAAAUUGGUGCAACAGGACCACAUUGUAUUUUUUACCAUACAAAAGCUGUUAUAAUUAAACAAACCAAGAAAACAAUU